AAAACUGAUUUUUCUCUUUUGUUUAUAACUAUUGAAAUCGCAGGAAGAAUAUCAUAAAUGAUUGAAAAAUGUGAAAAAAUACAUCUUCCAUUUGUAUUGUUUAUUCUAUAAUAAAUGCUGUAAAAAUUUACUUGUUAAGCACUGUUGAGGUUAGAGUAGAUUAUGCUCCACUCUGUUGAAUAAAAAAAGUGAAAUGUUUCGUACGUGUUGUGUGUUCAGUUCCAUAAAAUUGCCUAAUAAGAAAUGACAUAUCAUUGGAUUGAUAAAGAUUGAAGACACGUGGUGGAGUCUUGUGAUUCCAUGACAGUAAUUGGUGGAAAUUGGUGAUAACGUCGUGCUGGUACUAGUGUUCAGUUUUUUAUCGUUCUUCGAAGUAGUGGGCCAGUGUACAUAAUUUAUGUCGUUCUCUUGAUCACAGUUUGCGAAUCAUUAUCAAUAUUUAUUCGUAAAGUAAUGAAUAUUUGAGUUUUACUGCCGACAAAGGGAGUCGAGAAGAUAUAAAUGUUGAUGGGAUACACUGAGAUUCUCUCUGGAGUUCUGAGCUAUAUCUGAGAGGUUCCCUGGGGUUUAGUUCAGUCACAAUGAAGUUCGCUGAACACUUAUCAGCCCACAUAACGCCAGAAUGGCGAAAGCAGUACAUAAGUUACGAGGAGAUGAAGGCGAUGCUCUACACAGCUGUGGAGGAGGCACCCUCUUCAGAAAGUGUCGAGCCAGAAAUGAUCUCAAGGCACUUUGCGUCAUUUGAUGAAGAAUUCUUCACAUUCUGUGAUCGUGAACUUAAGAAGAUCAACACAUUUUAUUCAGAAAAACUUGCCGAAGCAACGAGGAAGUAUGCGGCCCUUCAGACUGAACUGAAAACCGCCCUGGAUCUCCAGGAAGGGAGUGGAAGGCACAAGGGAACGGCAAAACCCCAUUUGUCAGCCAGAAAAAUACGUGAACUAAAGCUGGGGUUUUCAGAAUACUACCUCUCCCUGAUUUUGCUCCAGAAUUAUCAAAAUUUGAACUACACUGGCUUUCGAAAAAUUCUGAAAAAACACGACAAGCUACUGACUGUCGACAGCGGCUCGAAAUGGCGAAUAGAGUGCGUGGAAACGUCUCAUUUCUGUACUUCAAAGGACAUCGACCGACUGAUUCAGGAAACAGAGGCCACAGUUACCAAUGAAUUGGAAAGUGGAGAUCGGCAGAGGGCGAUGAAGAGGCUUCGAGUGCCUCCACUGGGGGAGCACCAAAGCCCUUGGACUACAUUCAAAGUGGGGCUGUUCUCCGGCAGUUUUAUCAUACUAUUUGUUGCUGUUGUGCUUUCCGCAAUUUUUCACGAAAAUGGGGACAAUCUCAAAGUGGCGUUUCGACUCUAUCGUGGACCUCUCCUACUCGUCGAAUUUUUAUUUUUAAUUGGAGUCAAUGUUUAUGGCUGGAGAUCAUCAGGAGUUAAUCAUGUUUUGAUAUUUGAACUGGAUCCACGUAAUCACUUGUCGGAGCAGCAUCUUAUGGAGCUCGCAGCUGUCCUUGGAGUUGUUUGGACACUGAGUCUACUCAGUUUUCUCUACAGCGCAAGCCUCGGUGUGCCACCUUACGUCAAUCCACUGGUGCUUGUCUGUAUCAUGCUGGCAUUUCUCUUCAAUCCGUUCAGGAUAUUCCGGCAUGAGGCGAGGUUUUGGUUAUUAAAGAUUUGUUGGAGAAUGUUAAUAGCGCCACUUGCUUACGUAAAUUUCGCGGACUUUUGGCUGGCGGACCAGUUGAACAGUCUCGUAACUCCUCUGAUGGAUUUCCACUUUUUGAUAUGUUUCUACCUGACGAACGAAGAUUGGCUGAAUGCCGGCGAUACACGACAAUGUGGAUCUGACUCACUGAUAGUCCGACCGAUAGUCAAUUGCAUACCCGCAUGGAUAAGAUUUGCUCAGUGUAUCAGGCGUUAUCGUGACUCAAAGGAGGCAUUUCCACAUCUUGUUAAUGCGGGAAAAUACGCAACAACUUUUCUUGUUGUUAUAACAGCAACCUUGAGGAUCUAUCAUGAAGAUGAAUACAAGAAAAACCACUGGGAUAGCCCCUGGCUGUGGCUCUGGGUUGUGAGUUGUUUGAUAAAUUCGAUAUACUCGUACACUUGGGAUAUAAAAAUGGAUUGGGGUUUAUUGGACAGUAAUGCAGGCGAAAAUAGAUUUCUGCGCGAAGAAGUCGUGUAUUCAUCCGCUGGUUUUUACUACUUUGCCAUUAUUGAGGAUUUCUUGCUGAGAUUCAUUUGGAUAGCGAGUUUUGUUCUCGUGGAUUAUGGAUACAUCGGGGGAGACUUGAUGACCUCCAUCGUGGCACCAUUGGAAGUCUUCAGGAGAUUUGUUUGGAAUUUCUUUCGACUUGAGAAUGAGCACUUGAAUAAUUGCGGUAAAUUCAGAGCCGUGAGAGACAUAUCAAUAGCUCCUAUUGAAAGCUCUGAUCAGACACAAAUAUUAAGAAUGAUGGAUGACGACAAUGGAGUUGUCAAUAGGGGUAAACGCAAACCUGGGGGGAAAAAGGCUUCCAAUUCCAAGGAGGAUAGGCGUGCACUACUCAAAGAGGAGACAAUCGAUAUGGAUGUAUCCAAUGCCAGCUGAGAUACACUUAUAUUUAGGAUGAAAUUGUAUACUUCGAGGGGGUAAUGUCUAGCUCAUUUCGAUAUUAUUUGGGCUGGUUCGAGUGGUUUUUUUAGAUAAUUGUGUGGAGGGGUUGCACUAGGGAGAAAUAUUAAAUUUAAAAAUUGUAGAUAUUUAGGAAAUUAUUGGGAAAUUCAGCUUGUAAAUAAUGGAGAAACGGCCAUCAUAAUUUCCCAUUUUAAACGUAAUAUUUUCCUGUGCUGCUGGGAUUCUUAAACUUUUGACAAUUAACUUUUUAUUUUAGACAAUUUUUUCAAGUGAAUGUAUUCAACGAUCAUUGGAAAUUCUGUGCUUCAAUUUCAAGCUCAUUCAGUUUUUUUAUUAGCUAAUUAUAUAGAGAAGUUGAGGAUUUAAGUUUGUAAAUAAUCAUGAAUGACCCACUAUCAUUUUUAAUUUUUGAGUAAUUUUUUUGUUGUGAUUCUUUAAAUUUUGUCAAAAGACUUCUUAUUGUACAAAAUUUAUCUGUAAUAUAUUUCGAGCCAUAAGAGAAAUAAUUGAUGAUUCUAUUGGCCAUGGAAUAAAGCUCAUAUAGGUUUUUUAUUAGGCAAUUAUGUGGAAAAGUUGAACUAGGGAAAAAUGUAAAAUAACAAAAAUGUAGAUAUCUUUGAAAUCAUUGAGGAAGUAAGUUUGUAAAUAAUUAUGAACGAGCUACAAUCAUUUCCAACACGGAAUGCAAUUGUUGAUUCAUUUUUUUACAGUCCAUGACUCUUCAAAUUUUUUAUUGUAUAAAAUUUUUCAGUGAAAUGUUUCGAGUUGUGGGGGUAAUUAAAUGUAUUCAAUAAUAAUUGAAAAUUUUAUUGUUCAUGAAGUCGAAGGGCCACUCAAUGUUCUCACUCAUUUUUGAGGUAUUCAAUUCAAUUAGAUCGUUUACACAGAAUAAUACGCAAUUGGAGGAAUUUAAGGUACUAGUGCUAAACAUUCGUUAAUGCACAUUGUGCUUCCAUUUUAAUGGGAUAUUUGUUGUUAAACUCAUGCUGACGUUUUACCUCUUACUCAAUUAUCAGUAUUUUAUACUCAAACGUUCCUUAAAAAAAUAAUCGGUACUUACGAUACGUUUUUUUCAUUUUGUAGAGGUUUAUCAAAGUGCAGUUGUUACUGUAAGGCACUUGUACUCAUCCAAAAAGCUCAAUUCAGUCUUCAAUCAUUUUAUUUCCCGUGCAUUAUUAUUUUGUAGACUAAUUGGAGUGAGUUUACUUUCAUCAUGUAAUUUCAGAUGGAAAUAAAUUGAUAAUGUUCGAUUUAUUUUCGAGGGAUCACUAUGAGAAACGAAUUGAAACAAAUGUGAUAUUUUUAAUUCAUAUUAUAUAUUUUCGCCAAACGGCAGUUCCAAAGGAAUUAGGAUUAAAAAAUCACGAUUAUUGAACCAAUGAGAAAAUUGAUCAAAAACCGUGAUUAUUCUCAUCCUGAUAAUAACUAUAUUCACCACAUAAUUUUUGCUUCUAGAAUAGCUAAAAAAAUUUACUGAUAAUGUAUAGAAUGUAAAUAGUACUUAGACCAACGGUGAAAUCAUGGAGAAAAAAAAAUAAUAAACCGAGAAUACCAAGCUAUAUAUUUUUGUAAAAAUAAUAAAUAAAUAAAAAUACAUA